AUGCCCCCCCAGCGACAGCAGGCGCAACCCGAGCCAGCCAAGCCCGUCCACCUUCUGACGCCGGGACUGUCUUCCCCCGAGGCCAGAAGAGAACUUGAAGCAGCUCUUUACAGUGAUGAUGUGGAUUUCAUCAGUGAUCUGAUUGCCUGUCUUCUUCAGGGCUGCUAUCAGCGCAGUGACAUUACAUCUCAGACAUUUCAUGGCUACCUUGAGGAUAUCAUCAACUACCGCUGGGAGCUGGAGGAAGGAAAGCCUAACCCCUUACGAGAAUCUACGUUCCAGGAGUUGCCAUUGCGUACCCGUGUGGAAAUCCUUCACCGCCUUUGUGAUUACCGACUUGAUGCUGAUGAUGUCUUUGACCUGCUCAAGGGUUUGGAUGCAGAUAGCCUCCGGGUGGAACCAUUGGGUGAGGAUAGCAAUGGUGCCCUCUACUGGUAUUUCUAUGGCACUCGAAUGUACAAAGAGGAACCAGCCAAACCAAAUGGAGAGCUGGCUUCAGAAAGGGGAAGUGGGACACAGGCAAGCACUCCAAGCAUUCCUGGGAAAGUAGUGAAAAGACGAGGACGACCCCCAAAACGGAAAAAAUUGCUGGAGGAGAAUCUCUUGAGAGAGAAGGCAGAAGAAAAUGCACUUGUGCAUGAGGCACAGAUGAGAAAUGGUUCUCAAGGACCAGGUCAUGGAACAUGGUGGUUGCUGUGUCAGACAGAAGAGGAGUGGAAGCAGGUCACAGAGAGCUUCCGAGAGAGAACGUCUUUGAGAGAGCGACAGCUCUACAAGCUCCUCAGUGAAGACUUUCUGCCAGAAAUCUGCAACAUGAUUGCACAAAAGGAGAAACGUUUGCAGAGGAUGGAAUUUUCUCCCAGAUGGAUAUCUGAUCAUCAGCACAUCAAACCAAUGCGGCAAGAGGUAACCCCAAUGGUGCUUAGCAGAAUGGAGAAGCAGAGACGUAGAGAAGAAGAGGAGGAGCGCCAAAUCCUUCUGGCAGUUCAGAAGAAGGAGCAGGAACAAAUGUUAAAGGAAGAGAGGAAGCGAGAAAUGGAGGAGAAAGUGAAGGCAGUGGAAGAACGAGCAAAGAGAAGGAAGCUCAGGGAAGAGGGGGCAUGCUUGCUGGCCCAGGGAAAGGAGCUUCCUCCAGAGCUUUCCCAUCUGGAUCCCAGCUCACCUGCUAGGGAGGAGAGGAAGGCCAAGGACCUCUUUGAACUGGAUGAUGAGUUUACAGCUAUGUACAAAGUUCUAGAUGUGGUGAAAGCCCACAAGGACUCCUGGCCUUUCUUGGAGCCAGUUGAUGAAUCCUAUGCUCCAAACUACUAUCAGAUCAUUAAGUCUCCCAUGGAUAUCUCUAGCAUGGAAAAGAAACUAAAUGGAGGACAAUACUACACCAAGGAACAAUUUGUGGGAGACAUGAAGACCAUGUUCAGGAACUGCCUUAAAUACAAUGGUGAAAACAGUGAAUACACUAAAAUGGCUUACAACUUGGAAAGAUGUUUUCACCGGGCAAUGAUGAAGCACUUCCCUGGAGAAGAUGGGGACACAGAUGAUGAGUUCUGGAUCAGAGAAGAUGGGAAGCGGGAGAAAAGAAGUCGUCGAACCAUACGCUGUAGUGUUUGGACACGAUCCAAGGACUCUGAAGGGCCCGGCAGGAAACAACAGCAUCUACAAAAUGGAGGAAAACUUCCACCACAUAGGGCAAAACAUCGAGUUCCCAGUUCUUCAUCUUCCUCCUUAUCCUCCUCUGUGGAAGAUCCAAGUAGCAGUUCGAUGCCACCCACUGGGGAGGUGGCCUCUUCCAAUGGCCGAGGCUUCCUGCAGUCACACCACUACGGUGGAAUGCCCAGCCAUGUAUCCCAUCCUGGGCAGAUGAGGCCAGCAGUGCCAGGACUGUUUGGCUCUCUGCAUGGGUCUGAUCCUGCAAAAGCAUAUGGAUCACCACGAGUACCAGAACCACACCCUGGUGAGCCAAGUCAGCAGCACCAGCACUUUGCCAUGCAGCCUACUGUUGGACUGAAUGAUCCCCGAGGACAUCGGCUUCCUGCUCCAGAAAAACAGGUGUGUGCAGGACCAAUGCCUGUCUCUGCAAUGGGACCACAGCCCGGAUCCCUGCAGCUUGUUCGGAUGAGUGGCCCUCCCACAGAUGCCAGUAUGUAUUCCCCUGCACAGUUCCAGCAAGGAUUUCUUUCUCCGAGGCACAAUGGACCUCCUAUGAGACAACCAGAGACCUCAGAGCUCCCUCCCAGCCAUAUGUACAGACCUUUUAAGUACCUAAACCGAGCACAUCCUGCUGUGUGGAAUGGAAGCCACGAGGCAGCAAACCAGAUGGCCCUGGGAGUGGACAAGAAGCUUCCCAUGGGCCCACGCCACCCUUUGCCACCUCGUGCUUUGAGUCACAUGAUGGACCCUCAGGCACUGAGGCCGCCCUUGCCACCCAAUCAGUGGACUGAGCAAUCCAAUUUCCUACCUCAUGGAGUUCCACCCUCAGGAUAUAUCCGACAACCAGGAAAAGCCACUGGUCAGAGAAUGCAGCAGCAGCUACCAGCCUCAUUGUUUGGGCCUCCCCCUCAAGUGCAGAGAGGAGGCCAGGGUGGGGAUUCCAUGAUGGACAGUCCAGAAAUGAUUGCCAUGCAGCAGCUGUCCUCCCGGGUAUGCCCACCUGGUGUGCCUUACCAUCCCCGUCAGCCUCCUCCCCCACACUUGCCUGGACCCUUCCCACAACUGGCCCGAGUGGCAUCUACCAACGUUCAGCAUCCAAAGCCAACUUUAGGGAAUGGGAACUCUCAGGAUGCCAGCCGAACAAUAGAUCCAGAGAACAACAGAGUGGACCCUCCAUCAGGAGUGGAAGAGAAAACUCAGUGUGUUGGCCUUCCAGAAGGGACAUACCCCAAGCUGCUACCUCAUUCCAAGUCCCCUUUGCAAACAGACUACUCCAGACCAAGCGUGACACAAGAAGGGGAUGGAAAUGAUUCUGGAACUAAAAAUGACCCAAAAGCAAUGCAGAACAAGAGCACAUGGUCAGCGGAGGGUAACUAUAUAAGCCCAGAAGCCCAGGGGUGUUCGAGGGACAUUUCAACAGCAACAGAAAGAGGAUCUGCCCCUGAAAAUGGUGCUGUAGGUGCCGAAGGGCCAUCCAGUGGAUCAGAAGGGAAAACAAUGCCUGCUAAUUUCUUGGAGAAGCCCCGUUGCGCUGGGGGGAAAAACCUGCUGGAAGCAACUGUGCCUUGCAUGGGACAGAGUACGAGUGCUCCUGCUGGUGUGGAUGGCAAUCCCGUGGGAGGCAGCACUGCCCAAUUUGGCCCUCUCUACAUGCACAGCUUGGAGUAUCCAAAUUCAGCUCCGCAUUACCACAUAAAUUCAGGACUGCAGGGGUUCAAUCCUAUGAUGGGAGGAAAGCCCCCUCCAGUGUCCCACACUCAACAUUUUCCUCCUCGGGGCUUUCAGCCCAAUAGCAGCCCCCCUGGUGUCUUCCCUCGCUAUCGUCCUCAUCAGGGAGUGCCAUAUCCUUACCAGCCUCAGCCCCCUCCUUCCUAUCACCACUACCAGCAGCCUCCUUAUUAUGCUUGCCCACAGGGUUACUCAGAGUGGCAGAGGCCUUUCCCUCCGCAGUCCAGUCCGACGGGGCAUCCGCCUGCCCAGCCCCCUCUGGCCAGGCCCCCUUUCUCAGACACAGGGACCAUGGGUGGCGGCAUGCAAGGCUGUGAGGUGGUCAGCGCUGCUUUGGCUUCCCCAAACCGAAUGGAUAUGGCAAGCGCCAAAGAGGUUCCAAGCAGUGGGCAAGAGCUGCCCCCAGAGGCUGAGAAACCAGAUGAGCCCCAGGAGAGGCCUGAGAGUCCCAAAGAGUUCCUUGAUUUGGACAACCAUAAUGCAGCUGCCAAGAGGCAGAGAACAGUGGCAACAGGGGAGUAUCUCUAUGGCUCCCCCCCUCCACCCAUGAGGUCUGGGAUUGGAUUUGGCCCGUCUGCUUUCCCACCCCAUGGCGUCAUGUUGCAGGCGGGGUCUCCUUACGCAUCACGGCAUCCAGCCAGUCACUUCCAGCCUAGGGCUUAUGGAUCCCCAGUGAAUGCUCACUUGUCAAACCGUUCGGCUGCCAAUCAAGUAAAUGGUCUCGCUCAUGAAGGACCUCUGUAUAGUUGCCAAGAAGAAAAUGUGGGACACUUUCAGGCCUUAAUGAUGGAACAGACGGGACGUGCAAGUGGCAUGGGGGGACUGUCCCCAAAUAUGUAUAGACCACCAGGAAUGCACAUGCACCAACCCCAAGCCCCAUUCCCAAAGGUGCCUCCAGCAACGCUACCCCGAGAAGAACUGCCGCCACAAAAACCAUCAGCAUUGCCACUGGAUCAAGAUUUACAUUUGACCAGUGAUCCUUCGGUGACAGAUUACUGCUGGGAAGCCCAACCGUAG